AUGGUGAAGUACGUGUGGGGUUCCGAAUCUGUCGCACCGCCGGAGGCGCCGGUGUUACCCAUCGACGCAGAGGUGGACACUGGGUGCGAGGAGGUGCUCCUCAUCAAUACGCGCAGCUACGCCCUCUUCGACGGCGAUGAGCCGAAAGCUGGGGAACCAACCCGCAACUUCCUUGACAUCCUAAAGGAGAAUGAGGACCUGCAAAAGACUGGCGUCCCGCGGUACCACGUGGUUGAGCUUGACACGCUGAAGCACUCGGCGGGGCAGGAGCACACCGACUGGAUUAAGCUCGCGCACCUUGUCCGAGAUAAUUACCACAAGUACCGCGGAUUUGUGGUGCACAACGGCACCGACAACAUGGUGGCUACUGCGACGGCCCUGAGCUUUAUGCUGGAGAACUUGGGGAAGCCUGUCGUCUUCACUGGCGCUCGCAUCCCGUCGGAACGCCUCUACACGGAUCUCAAGCGCAACUUGAUUCUCGCCCUUCUUUUCGCGAACUGCAGCAUGAUCAGCGAGGUGUGCAUCUUGUUUGAUGAGCGGCUCUUCCGUGCGAAUCGCACAAUUAAGAUUUCCCGAUCUUCGCUGGCGCCGUUUGACUCACCGCACUUCCCGCCCUUGGCGACGAUGGACGUUGCGAUGAAUCUGCAUCGUCCAUUUCUUCGCCUGCACCCACGUGGUCGUUUCCGAGUGAUGGAUAACAUGGACGCCGCCGUUUUGUGCCUGAAGCUUGGCCCAGCGAUGCGGAGGCGGGUCUUCUUAAGAGCCGUCCAGCUGACGGAAGCGCGUGCGAUGAUCAUUAUCGCAUACGGUGGUGGAAAUGGCCCAACACGUGGGGAUUUCAUGCGGAAUGUUAUCCGUACCGCCGUUGCCCGCGACAUUGUUGUUGUGGUGUGCACGCAAAACUUGUAUGGCUCGGUAGACCUAGGAGCAUAUGAAGCGGGGGAGCAGUUGCUAAAGGCGGGGGCGAUUAGCGCGCGUGAUAUGACCAUUGAGGCAACCAUUAUGAAGUUGAAGUAUCUGCUCGGUGUUGGCCUUUCUUCCAAGGAGAUUAAAAAGAUAUUUUCAGAUGUUAACCUCCGUGGUGAGCUUUCGCCGAAGCCAGCUAAUUUGUGA